UUCUGGAACCUGCAUCUUCAUGGAUGCUAGUCAGACUCAUUUCCACUGAGCCACUAUGGGAACUCCAUGGUACUCCCUUUUAAAAAGCGGAGAAACUACAAGAUGUCAUGAUGAUGAACAUCGGAUUCUGCGUGUGGGACCAUCCGUGAGACAAAGCUUACAGAAAGCCUUGCCCUAGCUUAGCCUGCAUUGAUAGAAAUGAGUGUCUAGACCAUCCAGGUCAAAACCCGCUCUUGUCUCCCUAUCCAAAGUAUAAGUUAGUUUCUAGACAUCUUGCUUUAAAGGAGGGAUGCUCCUCCUUGAGCAAAAAAAAAAAAAAAAAAAAGACUCGAGGGUGGAAGAAUGAAAUCUGUCUUCAAACAUGGAAAAGGCUGAUACCCAUGAAAGAUGAGAGAUGUGCUGUGAGAAUGGGGCAAACGAAGACCCCUGGUGGAGGCCACAGGGAGGUGAAAGCCAGGAUAAGUCCUCCAUGCAAGGAUAAGUGUGUCCGAAGACUCAGGAGAUGGUAAGUUCCCUGGGACUCAGGUGUGCAGGGAUAAUCACAGCUAAUGUUGUGAGGAUGCCUGCUCUACGCCAGAUCCUGUGCCAAAUGGGUUAUCAAAAGUGUCAAAUAAUGCUCACCUUAGGAAGUAGUUCUUUUUAACAUCACCAGGUUUUAGGUAAAACUUUAGAGAGCUAAGCAUCCUGCCCAAGGCUAAUGCACAGGCCCUUUAUAAAGCCAUGGCAUCUCUCCAGCGUAGGCUAGAGAACGACAGUGGUGGCGGUGCUGAGGAAGGGACUCUAGGAUCAGAGGGAAACUGUACCUGCUGACUCUGAAAGAACCUUUCCUGAGAAGCGGUGCCUGAUUUUUUUUUCCUAAGAUGGGAUUCUGGGCACCAGCCCCAGUAGGCCAGAGCCAGAGCUAUGCAGAUGCUGGAAUGACUGGAGGAAGGUGGGCAAAUAAUCCAGCCCCAGUAUCCUGCCCCUGCAUUUCUGGGACCGGACCGUGGAGUCCGGACCUCAGAACCUCCAUCCUCUUUCCCCUUCAAAGAUCUAUCUCUAUGUGAGAAAAAGGAAAUGGCCCGGCCAGCAGUGCAGAGCUGUGACCACAGGGUGGCAGCAGUGCCUCAGCUGCCGAGGACCGCUCCGUUGGCUGGAGGGAGGCAGGUCCUGAGCAGUGCUGUGAGGAUGGGGUCUGUCUGUCUACCAACAUUUGAAGCCAUCUCCACUUUCUAGGGACUGUGAAGACUUUGUCUUCUUUGUAUCUCACUCUUCUAUCCACAGGAAAAUCUGUGAGUGGUGAUGCCAUUUUUAACACCCCCAAGAGGCAGGUACAAUGGCCCUCAAUGGGCUGGGGGGCCCUUCCUGCAGCCCUGGUCAGGGGAGGUUUCAGGUUAGGUCAUCCUGGCCAACUCAGACCCUGGCUCUUCCCUUUUCUCGUCCCAGGAAUAAUGCUUAGCCUGACAGGACUUUCUCUUUGCUUUUGUUCUACAAGUUAGGAAAGAGGAAGUGAUCCAUCAGAGCUCCCCAACCUGUUGAGGGAUUGGGAGUUCUUGAAGGCCCCCCAGGGCCUGGCUCUGACAAAGUGUCUGCAAUUAAUGAUGCUUCUUGAGCUCUGGAGACAGGAUUUAUGCAUCUAAUAAAGUCUAUAACUCCAGGCUUAGGGUCUAGUGCUGGAGGCUGAGAGCAGGAAGUCUCAGGGGGACCAUGGGAGGGGGGUCCCGGGCAGCUCUUAAUGUUGCUGUGCAUUUCCACUGCCUGCGCUAGAUUCCCCCUCGGGCUGCCAUGGGCGGGUGAGGAACAAGGGGACAGCAGGUAUAAGAGGCUGGUGUGGCCACAGGAAAGCAGAUGGCAGCAUGGACUCCAGGCGGGCAGCAGUGCUACUGUUGCUGCUGCUGUUAGUAACAGACUGGGGCCACGCGGAAGGACCAGGGCGCUGUGGCGAAGGAGACCAGGUCUUCUGGGUAAGUUAGCAUGCCCAUCCCAUUGCCACCAUUUUCGUCUACCUCUGCUUGAGACUCGAAUUCUAGGUUCAAAUACGCUCUGGCGGCCAGGGUCAUUGGGUCCGCACGUCUCACAACGUGACUAUGCUCAGGCUCAGCUUGCCCUGGAAACCACUCCCUUUCCCUCGUGACCUAAAUGCCCACGGCCUCUGCCCACUCUCCUUCGUGGAUGCCCUCCCGCCACAGGAGGAAGACAGUGGAGCCCUCCCACCGCAGGAUGCCCAGACCCCAGGGUCACUCUUGCGCUCCCUGCUCCAGGCCAUGCAGCGACCUGGCCGGAGUCCAGCCUUCCUGUUUCAGCCCCAAAGGUUUGGCAGAAACACCCGGGGCUCCUGGAGCAACGAACGGCUGAGUCCCCGAGCCGGAGGGGCACUGAGCUCCCCAUUCUGGAGCCUGGCUGCCCCUCAGCGCUUUGGGAAGAAGUGACAUGUCAUCCUUUGAUGGUUGCAUGCAAGGUUCACACCCCAAAAGUGCCCUGUGUCCCCCCAAAAUAAAGCUGACUGGCCUCUGAA